AAGCAGCAAGAUGAUCCAACGGACGUGCCUACUGCAGAGUAGGCCCCGCCCCCAACUGCGGGGAGUUGGCGGCCAGACUGCUGCAGCGCUCAGUCUCUACCCGGGCUCCGCCAUGUUGGGCUUUGUGGGUCGUGUGGCCUCUGCCUCGGCCUCUGGGGCCUUGCGGGGACUCAGCCCUUCAGCGCCGCUACCCCAAGCCCAGCUCUUACUGCGGGCCGCUCCGGCAGCGCUCCAGCCUGCCAGAGACUAUGCCACUCAACCAUCUCCAUCGCCAAAGGCAGGCGCCGCCACUGGGCGAAUCGUGGCAGUCAUUGGUGCAGUGGUGGAUGUCCAGUUUGAUGAAGGACUGCCACCCAUCCUAAAUGCCCUGGAAGUGCAAGGCAGGGAGACCAGGCUGGUUUUGGAGGUGGCCCAGCAUUUGGGUGAGAGUACUGUAAGGACCAUUGCCAUGGAUGGUACAGAAGGCCUGGUUAGAGGCCAGAAAGUCCUAGAUUCUGGUGCACCAAUCAAAAUUCCUGUUGGGCCUGAGACCUUGGGCAGAAUCAUGAAUGUCAUUGGAGAACCUAUUGAUGAGAGAGGUCCCAUCAAAACCAAACAAUUUGCUGCUAUUCAUGCUGAGGCUCCUGAAUUCAUGGAGAUGAGUGUUGAGCAGGAAAUUCUGGUUACCGGUAUCAAGGUUGUGGAUCUACUGGCUCCCUAUGCCAAGGGUGGCAAAAUUGGGCUCUUUGGUGGUGCUGGAGUUGGCAAGACAGUACUGAUCAUGGAGUUAAUCAACAACGUAGCCAAAGCUCAUGGUGGUUACUCCGUGUUUGCUGGUGUUGGCGAAAGGACCCGUGAGGGCAAUGACUUAUACCAUGAAAUGAUUGAGUCUGGUGUCAUCAACUUAAAAGAUGCUACCUCUAAGGUAGCGCUGGUGUACGGUCAAAUGAAUGAACCUCCGGGUGCUCGGGCCCGGGUAGCUCUGACUGGACUGACUGUAGCUGAAUACUUCAGAGACCAAGAGGGUCAAGAUGUACUGCUGUUUAUUGAUAACAUCUUUCGCUUCACCCAGGCUGGCUCAGAAGUGUCUGCUUUAUUGGGCAGAAUCCCUUCUGCGGUGGGUUAUCAGCCUACCCUGGCCACUGACAUGGGUACCAUGCAGGAAAGAAUCACCACCACCAAAAAGGGAUCUAUCACCUCUGUACAGGCCAUCUAUGUGCCAGCUGAUGACUUGACUGACCCUGCUCCUGCCACCACCUUUGCGCAUUUGGAUGCUACCACUGUGCUAUCCCGUGCUAUUGCUGAGCUGGGCAUUUAUCCCGCUGUGGAUCCUCUGGACUCUACUUCUCGAAUCAUGGAUCCCAACAUUGUUGGCAGUGAGCAUUAUGAUGUUGCCCGUGGAGUGCAAAAGAUCCUACAGGACUACAAAUCCCUCCAAGAUAUCAUUGCCAUCCUGGGCAUGGAUGAACUUUCUGAGGAAGACAAGUUAACUGUGUCCCGUGCACGGAAAAUACAGCGUUUCCUGUCUCAGCCAUUCCAGGUUGCUGAGGUCUUUACAGGUCACUUGGGGAAGUUGGUACCCCUGAAGGAGACCAUCAAAGGAUUCCAGCAGAUUUUGGCAGGUGAAUAUGACCAUCUCCCAGAACAGGCUUUCUAUAUGGUGGGACCCAUUGAAGAAGCUGUGGCAAAAGCUGAUAAACUGGCUGAAGAGCACUCAUGAGGGAGUCCUUUUGGCAAACUAAGUACUCAUCCUCUUUGUGGCCCUCUCUUGCCCCUCAUCCAAAAUGCAGUUUUCCCUGUAGGCCAUGAGAGCCUUGAUUGAAGACAUUGUAUUCUGUCUGAAGAGUAUUUAAGGUUUCCAAUAAAAUGUACAUCCCUCAUCA